AUGUCUUCCAAAUCCAUGUGGUUCUUUCUGCAGAUCUCCACCAUGAUGCUGCUCUGUAAAGGUGUGCUGUGGAGCCCGUUCAUGCAGCGGCCGCUGCACAAGAGGAAAGGAGGUCAGGUGCGCUUCUCCAACGAGCAGACCGUGGAGCUGGAGAAGAAGUUCGACACGCAGAAGUACCUGUCCCCCCCCGAGAGGAAACGGCUGGCCAAGAUGCUGCAGCUCAGCGAGAGACAGGUAAAGACUUGGUUUCAGAAUCGACGAGCCAAGUGGCGAAGGCUAAAACAGGAGAAUCCUCACGGCGUGAAGCAGGAGGUGGAGGAUGACUGUGCAGUCGGGAGGAGCAGUAAAGGAGACAACACGUCGGAGCGGGUGGAGGUUCAGAACCUGGAACAAAGACAGACUGGCCCGGCCUCCCAGGUGGAGCAGAGUGGCCACACUCUGACCGUGCAGCAGACCCACACAGACCCGGACUCUGACAUGUUAGAUGACUCAGACCAGGAGCUGGACAUAGAAGAAUAUAACGAGUUCACACUAAACCCUUAA